CAAGCUCCAGCUCGAUUGCCCCGGAACACCACCGUUCUCGACCGCUGAGCGCAAUCAAGCUAGCACACUCCUCAGGCCACGACAGAACGCAGUCGUGCGACCGCUCGCGAAUUGAGAGAAGCUCACGUGCGCUCCGCACCAUGAAACAAGUGAUUCUUGCGCUCGCCUUGCUGAGCCAUGCGGCCGCCCUCUUGCCGACGCCGCCGCGGCGACGAACCGUAGCCAGAUACGGCUUCCUCGACGACCUCAUGGACAAGUUAGAUGGAGGCGCGGACAAGGACGACGCCUGGAAGGACGAGAUGAUGCGCGAGCAGCAAGCUAUUCUUGCGAACCGCCGCGCGUCGGGCGGGUUCAUCACCGAGGCGCAAGAGGAAGAAAUCCGCCAGCGCCGCGCCAAAGUCGGGGAAGAAGAAGAUAGGCUCAAGGCGAUCCAGCAGUCGCGCGAGGCCGACAAUCUUGAUCAGUGGAAGUCGGCUAGGGACUCCGGUGCGAUCAAGACGGCGUCAUCUGGCCUGAAGCGGGACGCGGAUUCAUCGAGGAUGGGCUCCGCUGGCCUGUUUGCCGAAAGAGCUGAUGCCAAAAUGCCUUAUAUCGAUCGGGGCUACGUGCAAGAAACGACGUCGGACGGCAUCCCGAUCAAGAAGAAGGCUCAGGAGAGCGCGCCCGCGGCGCCGAACCCGUUCGCCGGGUUCCAGAACCCCUUCGAGAAGAAGGAAGCAUCAGCUCCGGCGCCGGCGCCCGCGCCCGCGCCGGCGGCGCCCGAGCUGCCGAACCCCUUCGCCGCCUUCUUCGACAAGCCCAAAACUCCAGAACCGGAGCCGGCGCCCGAGCCCGAGGCGCCGAACCCGUUCGAGGCCUUCGGCAAGAUGUUCGGCGGCGACAAGUAGCUCGAGUAACUAGAUUCGAGUGA